AUGUCAAGGAGGGCCUCGCCUGUGCCACUAGAUGAGAAGCUAGGGUAUGAUGAAACAGAUGAUGAGGUAUACGAUAAGCGGUGGAAGAAUGUGCGGGUUCAGCAGCAUAGAUUGAUGGAUUUGUUCAGUCAGUUCAAGAACUACUUGCUUUUGAUAGGUAUAGUACUGUUCUUGUGGAACUGGGUGGACAACAGCGCAGGGGGUGAGACUGUUCGCUCGAUCCGCUCUAAUACACAACUGUAUCCAGCAGAUUAUGUGAAUAAUGAAUAUGGUAUGGGUGAUAUUGCCACCACUACGGGUAUUAGAUCGUGGUGGAGAGGGAAGCCAAAAGUUGUUAUUGUCUUGGCCGCCAAUGAAGGUGGUGGUGUUUUGAAGUGGAAGAACGAGCAAGAGUGGGCCAUUGAGAAAGUAUCCAUUGCCAACAAACUAGAGUAUGCACGUAGACAUGGUUACGGUCUUAUACUAAAGGAUAUGACCACUGCUAAGAGAUAUUCUCAUGAAUACAGAGAAGGCUGGCAAAAGGCCGAUAUCCUUAUGGAGGUCAUGGACGAGUUCCCAGAAGCAGAAUGGUACUGGUGGUUAGAUCUUGAUACUCUAAUUAUGGAACCAAGCAAAUCACUAGAGGAUCAUAUUUUCAAGAGAAUAAACUCUUACACUUAUAGAAAGUUGGACGUGUUCAAUCCAUUGCAAAUGCAGGAUGACAUUCCAUAUGUAGACUAUUCCCAGCAGAUGGAUCUUCUAGUCACACAGGAUUGUGGUGGUUUCAACUUGGGGUCUUUCUUACUAAGAAAUAGUGAAUGGUCUAAAGCUCUAUUAGACCUGUGGUGGGAUCCGAUCUGUUAUGAACAAAAGCAUAUGAUCUGGGAGCACAGAGAACAGGAUGCCCUCGAAACUCUAUAUGCAAACCAGCCAUGGAUUAGAUCAAAAGUAGGUUUUCUACCAUUGAGAGCCAUUAAUGCAUUCCCACCAGGUGCAUGUUCUGAAUACAGCGAUGAUCCACAAUAUUUCUACGAGCCAAAUGCCAGAGAUUUUGUGGUUAAUAUGGCGGGUUGUCAAUUUGGUCGUGACUGUUGGGGAGAAAUGAAGUACUACCAUAACUUGAAGCAAAAAUUGAACAGAUCAUGGCUAAGGAAGCUAUUCUUCUUUAUUUAG